CCUACAAAAGACCACUUACCAUCAACGUCCACAUCCAGCCAGGAACCAGAGAGUAAUAAAUCCAGUCAAUCGCCAAUGGCAAAGAGUAUGCCAAAGAUCAACCUGCCAGGGGGUGCUAUGCUCUACCACUCGGGCGUGUUGGCAGGCGUUGGCUUGGAUGGACUUGGCACUAACUUAGGACUCGGCAACUUGGCAAUGGGAUACCCGCAUAGUUUCAUAUUAGGUCUUGCCAAUCAAGGACAGGAAGGUGCGUCAUCAUCGGGGCAGCCGCAGUUCAUCACGAUCCCGCUGUCUAUGGCGAUGGCAGCUGCGGGUGCGGGAGGUGGCGGUUCGGGGGCGGGGGUGGGCAGUAACGAAUGUCCUGCCUCCAGUGAUGACAGCAGUGAGCUACAGGACCUUACCACUACAGACAGGAAGAGCCUAUAACUACGACAAUGAUGCAAGGUGUAAGGAUAACUUGAAAGUUAAAUAUCUCUUUGUUAUCUACCAAAGUAUGGAUGUUGAUAAGAAGCAAUAAUUAGCUUGUAUUGUAUUGUAAUUCAUAUAUUCCAUACGCUUGCCAACAUGUAAGGUUAUAACGAACAAGUCAAGUUUACAGAAUUUAAUUUAUUAUAAUUAUUAUAAUGAGUUUUUAUGUAAAAAGUUUCC